UCAACCGCCACCACGAACGUCGCUCGACCGCGGACCGCGAUCUGCACAUCGUCUUCGGCUGCCUUUAGCUCUUCCUGUCGGUCUAUUCGGCCUGGUCAUGAGACGCGUUGCUCAUCGCGUGUUCAGGCGUUCACUAUGCACCGUUUAGGAGGAGUCGGGCUGGCCGCCUUUGAGCGGCAGAAGCAACACGAACGCUCUUUCGCUGAACUAUCGACGGAGAUCUCACAGGGACAAGUCGACCUCCUUCAUGCGCAGCUUGCCCAAUUUCGCAGUUCGCUCUCCCACUACGCUACCUCGCACCGCGACUCCAUAAGGAACGACCCGCAAUUCCGACAUGCCUUCCAGCGCAUGUGCACGUCGAUCGGCGUCGACCCGCUCGCGGGCCCACGCAAGGGCGGCUGGUGGGCGGAGAUGCUCAACCUCGGCGACUGGCAGUACGAGCUCGGCGUGCAGAUCGUGGACGUGUGCGUGAGCACUCGCGAACGUAACGGCGGGCUCAUCGAGAUGGGCGAGCUUGUGCGCCUCGUGAGCAAGCUGCGCGGCGUGAGCGGCGGCGAGAUUACGGAGGAGGACAUCGUAAGGAGCAUCAAGACGCUGAAGCCCCUUGGCGCGGGGUACGAGGUCAUCGAUGUCGGAGGGGGGAAGAAGAUGGUGCGGAGCGUGCCGAAGCAGCUGGAUGCUGACCAGGCGGUCGUGCUGGCCGUUGCUCAGGAAGAAGGUGGGCGGGUGUCGGAUGAGCUCCUGGUCAAGCGUAAAGGCUGGACAGUGGAGCGUGCUCGGACUGCAUUAGACAAUAUGCUGCUCCGUGAUGGUCUCUGCUGGCUCGAUGAGCAAGAUGAAGUCGAUGGGGUUGCCUACUGGGUACCAUCAGCGAUGCAUUGGGACGAAUGAUCGCUAGAAUAUGUCGUAGAAUUGUAUCACCAUGCACAUGUAGCUAUGGAUCGCAUAUAUCUUCAUCAUCAAAUUUCUUCCUGCAUGUCUACUUCAGACACGUCGCGACAUACCAGUGCGUAUCGCACAGCCUGCAGGUUCUGACAUCCAGCGAUCCCACUCAUGUGGUGGUGGUGCUGAUUGGUCUUCCGCUGUCGUCGAGAAUGUCACAAUGGAAGGAC